GCCGGAUCCACGUGGAUACCAACUGUCAACCAAGCAACACCGUUCACCUUACGAGUGCUCGAGAACCCCAUAACGCGAAAUGGAUCCCGACAGUUUCAAGGAUUUCGCCAAGGAAAUGGCGGAAUACAUUACUAAUUAUCUGGAGAAUAUCAGGGACAGGAGAGUGUUACCAACAGUAGAGCCAGGUUACAUGAAGCCUCUUUUGCCAUCAGAAGCUCCGCAAACGGCAGAAAGCUGGAAAGAUAUUAUGACAGACAUCGAAAGGGUAAUCAUGCCGGGAGUCACCCACUGGCACAGUCCCAAAUUUCACGCGUACUUUCCCACGGCUCAAUCGUAUCCAGCAAUUGUUGCUGACAUGUUAAGCGGUGCUAUUGCUUGCAUUGGUUUCACAUGGAUGGCGAGUCCUGCUUGCACCGAACUGGAAGUAGUGAUGUUGGACUGGCUGGGGAAAAUGUUAGAUUUGCCCAAAGAAUUUUUAGCCUGUAGCGGUGGCAAAGGAGGCGGUGUCAUUCAGGGUACUGCGAGCGAAGCCACACUGGUUGCACUUCUCGGCGCCAAGGCUAGAAAAAUAAGGCAAAUCAAGGAACAGCAUCCUGACUGGACCGACCACGAAAUAGUGGAAAAACUAGUCGCUUAUAGUUCCUGUCAAGCACACAGUUCCGUAGAACGAGCCGGGCUUCUCGGAGGUGUGAAGUUCCGGUUGCUAGAAGUUGACUCGAAAUACAAACUUCGUGGCGACACACUUGCGGAAGCCAUUCGAAAAGACAAAGAACAAGGACUGAUUCCAUUUUAUGCUGUCGCGACUUUGGGCACAACCUGUUCCUGCGCAUUCGAUCGUCUCGACGAAAUGGGUGUCGUUGCGAACCGCGAAAACGUUUGGUUGCACGUCGAUGCGGCUUACGCUGGAUCUGCGUUUAUUUGUCCCGAAUUUCGACACUUAAUGAAGGGCAUCGAACUAGCGGAUUCCUUCAACUUCAAUCCACACAAAUGGAUGCUGGUUAACUUCGAUUGUUCAACUAUGUGGCUGAAGGAUCCGACCCACGUUAUAAACGCUUUCAACGUGGAUCCGUUGUACCUGAAACAUGAUAUGCAGGGAUCUGCCCCUGACUACAGGCAUUGGCAAAUUCCACUGGGGCGUAGAUUCCGAGCGUUGAAACUGUGGUUCGUUUUGAGGAUCUACGGCGUGGAGAAUCUUCAACGAUAUAUCAGGAAUCACGUCGCUCAAGCUCACGAAUUCGAAGGUCUAGUCCUCUCGGAUUCUCGCUUUGAGAUUGUUGCCGAUGUAAUACUGGGUCUCGUUUGCUUCCGGUUAAAGGGUACGAAUGACAUAAACGAGACUUUGUUGAAGAAGAUCAAUGGCGCCGGGAACAUUCACCUGGUGCCAUCAAAGAUAAACGACAUGUACUUCCUGCGGUUCGCGAUUUGCUCGCGGUAUAGCGAGAGCAAGGACAUUCAAAGUUCUUGGCAGGAAAUAAAGCGGAGAGCUAACGAGGUCCUCGAUGAACAAUCGGUUUCUAAGUGA